UGAAAACCUGAGAAAACCCUCACUUCUACACCGCAGUUGCAGGUACGAAGAAAGGUGAACUCUCGAGCCGAAAAACCCUAAUUCUCGAAAUCAGCAUCCGAAUUGGUCGAUAUUUAUGUCUGCCUGAGGACGAACGAGGUUCGAGAACAUCAGAAGUAACAUGGGUCGAUCCGAGCCUUGUGUUCUGUUCGCCCAGACCUUCGUUCAUCCCCAAUUGGACGAAUACGUCGACGAGGUUAUAUUUGCUGAGCCAGUAAUCAUCACAGCUUGCGAAUUCUUGGAGCAGAACGCUUCAUCUGCGUCUCAAGCUGUUUCGCUUGUCGGGGCAACUUCACCUCCGUCAUUUGCAUUGGAGGUGUUUGUUCGAUGUGAAGGAGAAUCAAAGUUUAAGCGUCUUUGUAACCCUUUUCUUUAUACUCCGUCAGCGCCAUACCCUUUGGAAGUCGAGGCUGUUGUAACUAACCAUUUGGUGGUUAGGGGAAGCUAUCGAAGUCUAAGCUUGGUCAUCUAUGGGAACAUUGUGAAGGAUUUGGGGCAAUACAAUAUCAUACUCGAAGGUCGUUCUGUAACUGAUAUUGUUAGUUCCAUUGAAGGUAAUCUUGAGGACUUGCCGUUGGUACUACACUCGGUUAGCAGAACAAUAGAGGAAUGCCUAUCCUCGUUGGACAUAGUAGCUCUCCCUUCGUCUGCAUUAGAUAUAUCUGUUGAUGUUAAGCAGUUGUUGCAGCUAAUGCUGAAAUUCUUUGACCUGGUAGACGCUAGGGGCGCAGUAAAUAAAGCGGUGGAUAUAAUAUUGUCAACAGCUACUUCUUGUGUAACCCACAACUUAAAUUUUUUUGCUACAAAUAAGAAAUAUCCAGAUGUGAUCAGUUUCCAGGAUUCUGGAAUGUUGCAUGAUGUAAUUAGCAAGGCUAAGAAAGAGGUUCUUGAUCUCUAUGAACUUCACCAAUCAGAAGUUGUGACAUCUGGGUCAUCGGCAACAUUCAAUUUUCUUGAGGCAGAGACAGAGGUGGCUACAUCCAAACAGUUGGUCGAUAUGUUGAACCAGUACAUUCAUUUUGAAACAGAUUCCUCAUAUAUAGCACUUCCACAACUUUCAAAGGGGGAAAACACUCUUCUUGGCUUAAGUGUAGCACUUUUAUUAUGCUCUGCCAGAGAAGGCUGCCUCCAUUUUGUCAAUUCGGGGGGAAUGAAUCAACUUGUAUAUUUGCUUGGAUAUGAUGUUCAGAAGUCAACUGCCACUACUCUACUGCUGCUCAGAGUUGUUGAGCUGGCUACUCGACAUUCAGUUGGUUGCGAAGGAUUUUUAGGUUGGUGGCCUCGUGAGGAUGGAUAUAUUCCAUCUGGCAGGAGUGAGGGCUAUUGUCUCCUGCUGAGGUUACUAAUGCAAAAACCAUGUCAUGAUAUUGCCUCUCUUGCUAUUUACGUUCUUCAUCGAUUGCGAAUUUAUGAGGUUGUUUCAAGAUACGAGUUUGCAGUUUUAUCAGCAUUAGGAAGUCUCUCUAAUUCUUUGGGAGAUGCGACUCAUAAUCUAAGUGUGCUGUCUGAUGCUAAAUCACAACUUCAAAAGCUUCUGAAGCUGAUUAAGUCAUCUGGUGUAGCAGAAGAUCCUUCACCCUCAUCCAAUGCAGAAAGAAGUUUGGUUUUAGGCCAUCCAGAUGGGUGGUUGUCAUAUAAAGCAACUAGUAGACUCAUUGCUUCGUCGGCCUAUCCCUUUUCUAGCUUUGAGAUUGACUUGCACGUGUUGUUGCUUCUAAAGGAGCGGGGUUUUCUUCCUUUGUCAGCUGCACUUCUUUCAUCAUCUCUGUUUCAUUCUGAAGUUGGAGGCUACAUGGAUGUCUUCACUGAUAUUGCACUGUCCGUCGGGAACAUAAUUCUUUCAUUAAUGCUUUCCCGCACUGGAUUGAGUUUUUUGCUACAUCAUCCUCAACUGACUGCCACAAUAAUUCAAUCCCUAAAGGGUUCCAGCGACUUGAACAAGGAAGAAUGUGCCCCUCUUCGCUAUGCAUCAUCUUUGAUAUCCAAGGGUUUUACCUGCAGCUUGCUGGAAGUUGGAAUAAACCUUGAAGUGCAUUUGAGGAUGGUUAGCGCAAUAGAUCGGUUGCUGAAAUCGACUCCACAAACUGAAGAAUUUCUAUGGAAUUUAUGGGAACUGCGUGAUCUUUCGAGGUCUGACUGUGGGCGUGAAGCUUUAAUAGCAUUAGGCUUUUUCCCAGAGGCUUUAACAGUCCUGAUUGAAGCUUUGCAUUCAGUCAAGGAUACGGAACCAACGAUUGAAAAUAGUGGAAUUUCGCCUCUUAAUUUAGCAAUAUUUCUCUCGGCUGCUGAGAUUUUUGAAGUAAUUGUAUCCGACUCAACUGCAUCAUCUCUGCAUGCUUGGAUCGAACAUGCCCCAGAACUUCAUAAGGCUUUGCAUUCUUCUUCCUCGGGCGGUUCAAAUAGAAAAGAUGCCCCUUCACGGCUACUAAAAUGGAUUGAUGCUGGUGUGGUUUACCACAAACAUGGGGCAGUCGGCCUUCUACGUUAUGGAGCUGUCUUAGCUUCUGGAGGUGAUGCUCAAUUAUCCUCAUCAAACAUUCUUGCACUGGAUUUAGCACCGGCCGAAAAUGUUGUCGGAGAAUCAUCUACUGUCUCUGAGAUUAAUGUCUUGGAGAAUCUUGCGAAAAUAAUCUUCGAGAAGUCAUUCGAAGGCGUUAGCCUUUCUGACUCAUCAAUUUCUCAGAUGACGACAACAGUGAGGAUUUUGUCGUCAAUAGCAGAGAAUCCAACUGUUGCAGCUGCUUUGUAUGAUGAGGGUGCAGUGACAUUUGUGUAUGCUGUUUUGGUCAACUGCAGCUAUAUGUUUGAGAGAUCUUCGAAUAUUUACGAUUACCUGGUGGAUGAUGAUCAUAAAUGCAGUUCUAUUUCUGACUUUCUGUCAGAACGUAAUCGUGAGCAGAGCUUAGUGAGCUUGUUAAUUCCCUCCCUUGUCCUUCUGAUAUCUGUUCUGCAGAAGAUACAGGAAGCUAAGGAACAGUAUAGAAACACCAAACUGAUGAAUGCUCUCUUAAGGUUGCAUCGGGAGGUUAGUACGAAACUAGCUGCUUGUGCAGCUGAUUUGUCCUCUCAUUAUCCAGACUCUGCACUUGGCUUUGGGGCAGUUUGCCAUCUUAUCGUGUCUGCCCUUGCCUGCUGGCCAGUUUAUGGAUGGAUUCCUGGUCUUUUCCAUUCUCUUCUUUCGGGUGUCCAAACUACCUCUGUUCCUGCAUUGGGGGCAAAGGAGACAUGCAGUUUACUUUGCAUUUUGAGUGAUAUGCUUCCUGGGGAAGGAGUCUGGUUUUGGAAGAAUGGGAUGCCCUUGCUGAGCAGUCUCAGAAAGUUGGCUGUUGGAACAUUAUUGGGUCCUCAGAAGGAGAAACAGAUCAACUGGUAUCUUGAGCCUGGGCCCCUUGAAAAGCUAAUAAACCAUUUGACACCAAAUCUUGACAAGAUCGCCCAAGUUAUCCAGCAUCAUGCAGCAUCUGCAUUGGCAGUCAUUCAGGAUAUGCUUAGAGUUUUUAUUGUUCGUCUUGCUUGCCAAAGGGCUGAACAUGCUUCUGCUCUUCUCCGCCCCAUAUUUUCGUCCGUAAGAGAGAGUAUUUUGGACCUGUCUUCUACGUCGUAUACUGAAGCUUAUAAGGUCUACAGAUUUCUACAUUUCCUUGCUGGUUUAUUAGAGCAUCCACGUGCCAAGGGAUUAUUGUUAGAAGAGGGUAUUGUUCAGUUGCUUGUGGAAGUUCUUGAAAGAUGCUACAAUGCCACUUAUUUAAGUGACGAAAGGGGUGGAGAGAACGAACAUGCUUCUGAGUGUGGUUUGAUUUGUUGGUGCAUUCCACUUUUCAAAUCGGUCUCGUCACUAUGUGAUUCUCAAGUGUCUGUUUCAUGUUUUCAGAAAAAGGAGCUAUUGACCAGUUUGAGCGCAAAAGAUUGUUCUUCCAUUUUCCCUUAUGUACUGAAGUUCUGUCAGGUAUUGCCUGUUGGGAAUGAGCUGUUAUCUUGUCUUUUAGCUUUCAGAGAUCUGGUCUCAUGCAGUGAAGGCCGAGACGGUGUGGAUUCGCUUCUACUUUCUCUCUUUUCUGGUGCCGAUGAAUCUGAAUCUGAAAGGUGGCCCGUUAGUAAGAAUGAGAGUCUCAACCUAAUGGAAAUGAAGAAAAAUCCCCCCUUUCUGUCAUGCUGGAUCAAGUUAUUGGACUCAGUUAGCUCAAAAGAUGGUUUGUCUAGUCAUGCAGCUAAAGCAGUUAAAGCUCUGAGCCUGGGUUCGUUGAGAUUAUGCUUUGAUGGUAAAAGUUUGGAUUCAGAAAAGGUUGCAGCACUCAAAUUCCUCUUCGGCAUUGCUAGUGAUGCUAGUGAUGAAAGCGGUGCAGAUAAUUUUCAAGAAGAAAACAUUAUUUUUAUUGAAGAAAUGGUUACGCUGUUCAGUUCAAUGACUUCUGAAUCUGAUAGUUCAGGAAAAAGUGAGAUGCAAACCUUGAACGAGUUAACACAAUCGCUGCUGUUGUUGCUGCAAAAGCCUACUAGCUCCGUCAAAGUUGAGGAAAUCAUUUCCUGCAAGGAGGCUCUUGUUUCUCCUAAGAAUUUUGAUAUGGAGAACGUGGUGUUUGAAAGUUUUGAGUACGACCUUUACCAAAGAGUACUUGAAGAAAAGUUCUCGUGGGAAUGUCCUGAAUCAUUACCUGAACGGCUGUCCCAAUCAUCUCUUGCUUCUAAAAGGAAAAUGCCACCGGUGGAAGGCCCUAACAGGCGUGCCAAAGGGGAACACUCUUCUGUUGACAUACUGACCCAAAAUACAAUGUCACGAGGAACUGGUCCUGCACCACUCGCUCCUGCUCCAACCCGUAGAGAUGCAUUUAGACAGCGUAAGCCGAAUACCAGCAGGCCUCCCUCUAUGCAUGUGGAUGAUUAUGUUGCCAGGGAAAGGAGUAUUGACACUGUUGGUAAUACUAAUGCCAUAACCAUUUCAAGGGCCGGAUCUAGCAGUGGGAGACCCCCAUCUAUUCACGUUGAUGAAUUUAUGGCCAGGCAAAGAGAACGUGGCCAGAAUGCUUCUUCCAUUGUGGUUGGAGAGACAGUGAUACAAGUGAAAACCCCCACUCCAGAUGUUAGGGAUGCUAAAAAAUCCUCUUGUAAGCCCAAACAGUUGAAAACUGAUCCUGAUGAUGAUCUGCAAGGAAUAGAUAUAGUAUUUGAUGGUGAGGAAUCUGACGAACCUGAUGACAAGUUACCCUUUCUUCAACCUGAUGAUAACCUUCUGCAGCCUGCUCCUGUUUUGGCGGAACAAAAUUCUCCUCAUUCCAUUGUUGAAGAGACCGAGAGUGAUGCAAAUGGAAGUAGUCAAUUCUCUCACAUGGGUACACCGUUAACAUCUAAUCUCGAUGAGAAUGCUCAAAGUGAAUUUUCCUCCAGGAUGUCAGUUUCACGGUCUGAAAUGCCAUUAGCUCGGGAAUCAAGCAUUUCAUCAGACAGGAAAUUUGAGCAAGCUGAGGACCCAAAGAAAAUAGCUUCUCUGAAGAGCGCAGGUAUAUCUGAAUCUGGGUUUACAUCUGUGUAUAACCCCAUCCCAGGAUCGUCGGGUCAAAUUCUGACUGAUUCUAGGAUGGGUCCUCAAGGCUUUUAUCCAAAGAGUAGUCAACAACAUGCCGGCAGUACUCACGGUGUGUCCAGUUCUCGAGGGAUUUACGAUCAGAAAGCUAUGGCCAAGCAGCCUCCUUUACCACUGGUGCCUCCUCCGUCAAUCUCACCAGUAGUGCCACAUUCUUCUGAACCUCUAUCAAGUCAAUCUUCCCCAUUUAUUAGCCAUGGAACACCACCUUCAGGCGGACCUAUCCGGCUUUUGGCACCACUCCCUUCAACAUCACCUCCAUUCUCAUCUAACCCAUAUGCCUCGUUGCCACCCAGGGCAUCUACGUUUCAAACUUUUGGAUACAACCAGGCAGGUGGAGGAACCAAUGAAAUACCGCAAAGUUCUCAUGGCAUUGAUUCUCAGUCGGGUGGUCUUUCUGCUUCAGGUACUGGAAUGACCACUUACCCUCUCCCACCUUUAAUGCCAUCCCCUGCUUUUAGUAGACCGACUUCUCUCCCCGUGCCAUUCUAUGGAAAUCCUCCACAUCAAGGAAGUGAAAAGCCACAGAGCAUAUUGCCUCCUCCCUCCAUGCCUCAAUCUUCCAUGCAAUCGGUAAACCCACAGUCAAUACCUCAGUUACAGCAGAUGCAGUUUCCGCAGCUACAACGCCCUUUGCAGCUUCCUCAACAUGUCAGGCCACCCAUGCAGAUGUCUCAGCCUAUGGACCAGGGGGUAUCAUUACAAAAUCCUUAUCAGGUUCCUUUGCAUCAGAUGCAGAUGAUGCAACAGACUCAAGUCCCUCAGGUGCAACCUUACUAUCAACCCUCUCAACAACAGGAGAUGUCUCAGGUGCAGCAACAAUCACAGCCAGUUCAAAAUCAGCAAGGAGCUGCUGGUACAUCCCAGCAACAACAAGAAUCGGGAAUGUCGUUACAUGAAUACUUCAAAUCUCCAGAAGCCAUUCAGGCUCUUCUGAGUGACCGCAACAAAUUGUGUCAGCUUUUGGAGCAACAUCCAAAGUUAAUGCAAAUGCUCCAGGAGAAAUUGGGGCAACUUUAACCAGAAGGAAAGGAAGUUGGCGGCGGCAACUUAAACAAGAUAGAAGAUGUUAGAUUCAACUUUAGGACAAUCUGAUUUUUGUUUUUUUUUUGUUUUUGGGUUGUAGGCAUAAACACCAGUCAGUCCAGCUUCUGUACUUUGUAUGUUAAAUGUACAUUUAAUUUUGAUUUAAGUGACAAAACCAGUGACUGAUAAUGAUUUGUCUUCACGUUGCUUUU